GCAUGCGCAGAGCCGGGCCGGAGAGUUGUCGGCUGGGAAAUGGCGGCCGCGGGCUUGGUGGCUGUGGUAGCGGCUGCGGAGUACUCUGGCCCAGGGGCGUCCGGGGGAAACCUCUCCGGUGCUACCUGUGGGCCGAACCCUGGGUUGGGCCCUGGUCCUGGCCCGGGCUCUUGGAGCCGCUCGGUCGACCGAGCCCUGGAAGAGGCGGCGGUCACCGGGGUGCUGAGCCUGAGCGGCCGGAAACUGAGGGAGUUUCCCCGGGGAGCGGCCAACCAUGACCUGACGGACACCACCCGGGCCGACCUGUCACGGAAUCGCCUCUCAGAAAUUCCCAUGGAAGUGUGUCACUUUGUCUCUCUGGAAAGUCUUAACCUAUACCAGAAUUGUAUUCGGUAUAUCCCAGAGGCUGUUCUAAACUUACAAGCUCUGACAUUCCUAAAUAUUAGUCGGAACCAAUUGUCAACAUUGCCAGUCCACUUGUGUAACUUACCACUGAAAGUCUUAAUCGCUAGCAAUAACAAAUUGGUCUCGCUUCCUGAAGAAAUUGGCCAUCUCAGACAUUUGACGGAACUUGAUGUAAGCUGCAAUGAAAUUCAAACUGUACCUUCUCAAAUUGGUAAUCUGGAAGCCUUGAGAGACUUUAAUGUAAGAAGAAAUCAUCUUGUACGCUUGCCUGAAGAGCUGGCAGAGGUGCCUUUGAUACGACUCGACUUCUCGUGCAAUAAAGUCACAGUAAUCCCUGUUUGUUACCGAAACCUCCAGCACCUCCAGGUGAUCACCUUGGAUAACAACCCACUUCAGUCGCCUCCUGCACAGAUAUGUAUAAAAGGCAAAAUCCAUAUAUUUAAAUACCUGAACAUACAAGCCUGUAAGAUUGCUCCAGAUCUGCCAGAUUAUGAACGGAGACCCUUGGGAUUUGGCUCCUGCCAUGAAGAACUGUACUCAGGCCGACCUUAUGGAGCCCUUGAUUCAGGCUUUAAUAGUGUGGAUAGUGGUGAUAAGAGAUGGUCAGGGAAUGAGCCCACAGAUGAAUUUUCAGAUCUACCUCUUCGAGUGGCAGAGAUUACUAAAGAGCAAAGACUACGGAGAGAAAGCCAGUACCAGGAGAAUCGCAGCAGUGUGGUUGUCACGAAUGGUGGAGUGGAGCAUGAUCUGGAUCAGAUUGACUACAUUGACAGCUGUACUACAGAAGAAGAAGAAAACUAUGGGAAACAGCCCAAAAGCCUGGACGCGAACAGUCUCAGCUCACAGUUUAUGGCGUACAUUGAGCAGCGGAGAAUCUCGCAUGAGGGUUCACCAGUAAAGCCAAUAGCUGUUAGAGAGUUUCAAAAAACAGAAGACCUGAAAAGAUACUCACAUCAAAACAGGGUUCCAGUUGAGCCAUCAUUGGUGUUAUCAAUGCCACCAGGUCACAAUCAGCUGUCACAUUCAGACUUGGCGCUUCAUCAGAGGAGAGAGCAGUCUCUUGAGUGCACUCGGAGAGAGGCACAGCUCGCUGCCCUGCAGUACGAGGAGGAGAAACUAAGGACCAAGCAGAUUCAGAGAGAUGCCGUCCUAGACUUUGUCAAACAAAAAGCAUCACAAAAUCCACAGAAACAGCAGCCCCCUGGAAAUGGUGAGUGUCCCUUCCCAUCCAGAAGGUCUCAGCACACUGAUGACAGCGCCUUGCUAGUGUCGCUGUCCGGGUUGGAUGGCGUGAGCUGCGUGGCUACCCGGCCUCAUUCUUCUGCCUUCACACCUCUUAAGAGUGAUGACAGAAUUGAUGUCACCUCAAGCUUUCCUAUGACAGAGACAGUCCGUCAUUCCCCUGCAUAUUCUUUUCCUGCUGCUACCCAGAGAAAUCAGCCCCAGCGUCCUGAGAGCUUCCUUUUCCGAGCUGCUGUCAGGGCAGAAGCUAAUAAAGGUCGUGCAUCCCCGCUUCUGUCUUCUGCACCUGCUGCUGAUGCUACAGAUGCCGUAACCAGACAGAGAGAAGAGGAGCUGAAAUUAAUAGACCAGCUACGGAAACACAUUGAGUACCGGUUGAAAGUCUCUCUGCCCUGUGACCUUGGAGCAGCUCUAACUGAUGGUGUUGUGCUUUGCCAUUUGGCCAACCAUGUUCGGCCUCGAUCUGUCCCAAGCAUUCAUGUCCCAUCUCCAGCCGUGCCUAAAUUAACAAUGGCAAAGUGCAGGCGGAAUGUGGAGAACUUCCUGGAUGCUUGCAGAAAAAUCGGUGUACCCCAGGAGCAAUUAUGCUUGCCUCUGCACAUUCUAGAAGAGAAAGGGUUGGGCCAGGUUGCAGUGACAGUCCAGGCCCUCCUGGAGCUUGCCCCACCCAAGCAGCCACAGCAGCAGCAGCAGCAGCCGCAGCUCUCUGCUGUCUGAGGACUCCCAGGGCCCUGCAUGUUGGCAGCCAAGACAAGGAGCAGGAGGACUUGACUGCUGGCACCACCUGCUCAGAGCGAGCCCUGUGUGUUCCUAGAAGCACUGUCUUCAUGAUUCCUGCCAGGAAUAUUGUGUUCCAUUUCUCCAUUUUAGGGGAGAUUAAACCCAUUUCCACAAUUUUUUGUUUUUAAUGGAUACCCAGGUUUUUUAAAUGGACCUUUGAUUCUGAGGACCAUCAUGGAAGACUAAGCUGGCUGUGCUCUCUUCACGGGGAGCAGGCUCGUUUCCAGCCAGAGCCAGUGUUUCACAGCUGGGUCUGGAGCUCCCUCAGAGGACAGACAUUAUUGUCUCUGCCGGUUCCCAGGUGUCUGCAGCCCCAUGGUUUCCACAACUGGACUUCAUUCUCUGGAGCAUUUGUGAAAUCCGGAUUUGCAUCAAGGGUUGGGAUGUGGCCUGGGAGCCUGCACUCUCAGCAGACAUUAGGUUUCUCAGGCGGUAGAGACCACUGUUCCAAGACACAUGGUUUUGUGGUUUGAGGGUGCCACCCCUACUGCAACCACAUUCAAAUCAAAGGCUCUAUCAUGAUGACUUGGGUGUUACUGUCAAAGAGAGCAAAGCCCUAGAGAAGCCCUAGGUUCUACACAGUGUAACAGGUCAGUACCCAGGUCCCUCCCCAGGCCUGCCCACUACCACCCCAUCUUUUUCCAGAGCGUGUUUCCCGGCUCACCCUGCUGUUUCCUGAACAGACACACUCCACACACAGUGUAAGCUAUAAAGUGUAGCAUGCACUACCCAGCAGUAUUUGCAUUUGCCUCAGCGAGCUCUAUGAGUGAGCUGUGCCCUGCUGAUCCCAGGUCCCGGACCAGGCACAGCAGCCUUGACUCCCACUCCUGGGACUGAACACAAUCCAUGCAGGUGGCAGCCAGUUUCCAUAGCUACAAGAAAGCACUGAGAGCAGCUUCCUGUCUCAUCUGUCCCCUCCCUGAGACCCUCCACUGUGAGCAGAGAACAAAACAGCCAAGGCCCCGGCACACGGUGUGGGAGUCUUUAUUUUAACUUAAGCACAAGGCUUCUCUUUCCCAGAUUUUGGACUCUAGUUGUUAGUUGUGUCUUGGUGUUAGGUGUUUGCUGCAGUUAGAACCCAAAUACAGUAAUUACUUACAUACAGCUGUUGGUUCUAUAGGGUUUUUUCCUUAUAGUUAUUAACUUUUGUGGGUUGUUUCCCAAGGCUUGUAUUUCAGAACAGUGUUAGCCUGUGCAGCAUGUAAAAGUAACUUUGAGACUGGACCAGGGUUCCAUCUCCAGAAUCAUCUAAAAAAAGGUUCAAAGAGGCACAUGGCCUGUGAUGCCAGACAUCCCAAAAGUGGAAGCUGGGGAUGGGCUGUGGAGCCCACACUAGACCACAGCGAGCCACAGCCCCCUGCUGUAAGACUGCCUGGAGAGCUGGCUCAGUAGGGAAGAGCACUUGCUGCUCUAGCAGAUCAGGGUUCAACUUCCAACACCCACAAGUCAGUUCACAACUGCUUGUAACUCCACAGGCCCGAUGCCCUCUACUGGCUUCUGCAGGUACCAGGCACACACAUGGUAUACAUAUAUACAUGAAGGUUAGACACUCACAUACGUAAAAAUGAAUAUUAAAAAAUAUAGAUUCUUCCUCUGAAAGUGACUUUGAACAAAAUCAUUUUGAAUAUCUAGUCAAAAUAAUGUUUCUCCUUGUUUGUGCAGAGAAGUGUUUAUUAGGACACUGCCACUUUUAAUCAAGUUUCAAAGUAUGUAACAGCAGCCAGGCAUGGGCUCAUGCCUGUAACUGAGGCCACUAGGGCUCUCGAGGAGAAGUAAGUAUACCAUGGAGUGUCUGCGCUCCUGCCCAGUCCUUCCUGGUCCUUGCAGAACAGUGGGGACGAGCUUGGAGCCCCGCCCGCUCAUCAGCAGUCCACAGAGCCAGCACCAGAGCUUCCUGGUGCCUUGGCACUGCAGGUCGCUUCCUGCUAGACAGUAUUAACCCUCAGUAUAAUUUCUGAAUUCCAGAUUUUAAUUAUACAGAAAAUGGCUCCAGAAGACAUUACAUAAUACAACACUUGGAAUGGCUACAAGAGUUCCUAAAUAAGUUGAAAUUGCUGGGCAUGGUGGCACGUGCCUUUUGUCCCAGCUUUUGAGGGACAGAGGAGGCAGAUCUGGUCCACAUACUGAGUUCCAGGCCAUCCAGGGCUCCAGAGUGGGACCCCGCCUCAGGAGAGAAGGACAUUUUAACGCUGCACUUUUCCUGAGACUUAAUGUACUUACCAAACUUUGAAGGAUUAGGAUACAGUUGCACGGUGUUGGCGCACAGUAAAAACCCUGUUGCAUUCUUGUGAGUCAGCACACAGAAGUCAGUGCCUCUGUGGGGCCUUUGUGGCUUCUUACAGGUUUCCAAAUUGGAAAGGACAAUUUAUUUGAAUAUUUAACCUUGCUAGACCCCAGCAGGAGAUAAAGAUAGAAUUAGCCGUGUCAUAGUCCCUUGACCAGAAAUGGCUACCUUGCCAGUGCUAAGGUUGACAAGCCAAGUGCCUGCCCGGCUCUGCCCUGCCACCUGCAGAGAUGUUAUGUCAGCAGUCUGCAGACUGCCUGGCACUCCGACCAGGAAUCCCCUGUAAUGAGCAGGUCUGAUGGAUUCCAGAGGAGGAACCUUGGUUAUCUGCCUAGAACAGACUAGGAAAGGCAGCGCAGCGGGUGGUUUCCAACCCAGCAGCUCUGUAAAUACACCUUGCUACUAAUGAAGGCGCCUGCUCCUCUAGUCAGCACUGACUAAUAACAUGGUAUACUGAUGGGUCUCUGGACUUUAAGAACUUAGUACUUAGAUGGUUGUAGAAAUGAAGGAAAACUUGGUUAUUUAGAAGCCUUUUGUAUACACAUUGCAGUGAGAUGGUUUACAGCAGAUCUUAUUUCUGAAAUGUUAUAAACAUGUAAUUAAUAAAAGGUUUUGUAAACAUUGUCCUAUAUUUGUAUGUUUGUAAAUAUUUGUAUAAGUGCUAAGUAUAAAUAUGUCAAUACUGUGUAUGUUAUUUUAAAUUGUCUGUAUGUCAUCUUAUAUGUGGACAUUAAAAUAAAAGCCAAUAUACUCCAGUUGCAUGUAAUAAACACUUUAAAAUGU